CCCCCGCUGAAGCCCGGGCUCAGGGGCGGUGCGGUGUCGCUGACGCGGCCUCGACUUCGGCGCCCUCUGCCGCCCCUGCCGUCCCAGGGCCUGCACCGUCACCGGCACCUGCCGCGUGUGCCGCCGGCGGGACUGACACGGAGCCACUGCCACCUCCCACCACGGCAGCGGAUGCCGCCGUCGGGACUGACACGGAGCCACUGCCACCUCCCACCACGGCAGCGGAUGCCGCCGGUGGGACUGACACGGAGCCACUGCCACCUCCCACCACGGCAGCGGAUGCCGCCGGCGGGACCGGCACGGAGCCACUGCCACCUCCCACCACGGCAGCGGAUGCCGCCGGCGGGACUGACACGGAGCCACUGUCACUUCCCACCACGGCAGCGGAUGCCGCCGGCGGGACCGGCACGGAGCCACUGUCAUUUCCCACCACGGCAGCGGAUGCCGCCGGCGGCAGCGGUGCCGGGCCGGCGCGCGCUGAGAGGAUCGCGUGCGCGGCAGACUUGUUGCCGGAGCAGUGUGUCGGGCCGACGGACGGCAUGCUCGAACACUACUGGCAGUUUGUCCGCGAGAACCCGUACGACUUCAACGGCUGGACCUACCUUCUGCAGCAUGUGGAGAAACAGACCAACCUGGACGCCAUCCGAGGCGUUUACAACGCAUUUCUGCCGCUGUAUCCGUACUGUUACGCCUACUGGAAGAAGUACGCCGACCUGGAGCAGCGGAGCGGCUACACUGAGAGGUCUCUGCAGAUCCUAGAGCGAGCCGUCAAGGCGAUCCCGCUGUCGAUCGAGCUGUGGAUGGCCCUGCUGAACCAGUUUCGCGACUCGGUGAAGGGCCAGAAGACAGCGGAGGAGCAGACUCGAGCCAUUUGUGAGCGGGCCGUCCGAUGUGCCGGCGCCCAGUUCAGGUCCGACGCCCUCUGGGAAUGCUUUAUCCAGUGGGAAUCCACUCAUGGGGCCAUGAGCAACGUCACCGCCAUCUACCGGCGCCUACUGAAAAUACCCACUCGCUUGUACAACCGACACUGGGACGAUUUCCUGCAGCACGUGCGGGACCAUCACCCGCGUGACAUCCUGGAGCGUGAAGAGUACGUGGCGCUGCGUCGCGCGUGCUGUCUCGAGCUGGGCGUGACGUACCGUGAGGAGUCCGCCUCUCCGCUCGCCGACCCUGCCAAGAUCCGGCAGCCCGAGGUGAAGCUUGUCAGUGCUAUCAAGGAGAAACUGGUGGCCUCCUUGGUCGCCAUUCACGAGAAAACGGAGAAGAAGGCCGAGAAACGCUGGAAGUUGGAGGAAAAGAUUAAGCGGCCCUACUUCCACGUGAUCGCGCUGGACCGGCGUCAGCUGCGCGCCUGGCGCGACUACCUGGAGCUGGAAGCGGCCGACGGUGACCACGACUCGCUGGUCAUGUUGUACGAGCGCUGCCUGAUCGCGUGCGCCCAGUAUGAGGAGUUCUGGCUGCAGUAUGCCCGCUACCUGGAGCGUCGGCUGCAGUCGGUGCCGUCGCCGUCGGCCGCUGAUGAUGCGGCCAUGCGGCGCCUGCUGGAGGCCGACCGGGCCGGCGGCGGCGGCGCCCAGUACGAAACAGAGUCGCGCCGUCUUCCCGAGGAACGGUCGCACGUGGCGGCCGGCUACGCGGCGCGUGCCAACCCAGCCGACGCUGUGCGUGAGGUGUACAAGCGUGCCUGCCUGGUGCACUGCCCGACGCGGCCCAAUAUUCGCCUGCAGUGGGCGGCGUUUGAGGAGAGCAUCGGUGAGCGAGCGGCCGCCGGCGCGGCGCGCGCUGACCACGGACGCUGCCGGCGGACUGCGCCAGUGCCCGUCGGCUCUCGUGCUGCGGUGUUCCGUCGGAAUACCAUUGCUUUGAGAGCAAAUCAAUCGCGUUUAACCUCGAAAUGCACUAACGCCGCGGAGCGGCGCCGCGGCCGGCCGGACGAGUGCAGCCGGCUGUACCAGGCGGCCGCCGACGCCGCGCCCGCCCACCUCGCCACGUGGUGGGCCAUGAAGCACGCCCGCUUCUGCUUCAAGAUUCUGAACAAGCCGGACAAGGCUCUGGGAAUUCUGCGGACGGCCGUCAAGCGGGACCGCUCCAACCCGCGUCUGUACCUGCACAUCCUGGACGUGUGCUACCAGCGCCACCCGGUGGACGUGAGGGGCGUGACGGCGGCGCUGACGCUGGCACUCAACAGCAAGGACGUGUCGGCGCGUGACAAGCUCGGUUUCCGGCGCAAGAAGGUGGAGUUCUUCGAGGAGUUCGGCUCGUUGCGCCAGCUGCGCGAGGCCGAGGACGAACUGGAGACGGCCGAGCGCGUGCUGGCCGCCACCGAGCGCAAGCAGGCGCGCCAGCAGGGACAGGACGCGCAGGAGCAGGAGCCGGAGCAGGAGGACGCUGGGGGCGCGGCCGGCCGGCCCGUCGCCAAGCGGCGGCGGAAGGUCGAGAUGGAGCCGACGCCGCCGCCACCGCUGCCGAAUGGUGCCGUCACGCCGCCCGCGGCCGCGUCCGGCGCCGCCCAGUGCUGUCCGAAGUGCGGCUGGGACGGCUCCGAGCCGCAGACGCCGGCUGGCCAGCGGCCGCCGGCGCCGGCAGCGCUUCAGCCGUCCUCCUACGGCCAGGUGCCCCCCACCUGGGACCUCACCAUGAAGACGGACGCCUGCGGGUACGGCAAAGACCCGCAGUACAAGUGGUUCCAGGAGCAGGGCUACCGCGACUACGACGCGCGCGAGGCCGGCGGCUACCCGACCACGCUGCUCGAUCCCGUGUCGUCUGACGAGGAGGCGCUGAGCGGGCCGCCGCCGCCGCCGCCGGCCAAGCGGCCGCGGCCCGACGACGGCCAGACGCCACACAUCGUCACCAAGGACGGACGACGAGUGCCGCGGUACGUGAUCCCGCCUCAGGCGCCGCCUCUGCGGCCGCUGAUGCAGCCGCUGGUGCUGCAGCCGACCGAGGCGCCUGGCCGGCAGGAGCCCCGGCGACCGCCCCAGUUGGCGCGCUUGCGGCCGCCACCACCGCCGCCACCGCCAGCGCAGGAGACGGGCGCCUCGUGUGUGAACGUGCCUGAGUGGCUGGUGCGCGAGGGCGGCGAGCUGUGCCUCUCCGAGACGGACGGCGGUGUGUCGCUGAUUCGGUACUGGCCCCGCUUCAUGAACGACUGCGGUGUCCAGCGCAUGUUCCAUACGCUGCGCCGCUACGUCAAGUGGCACCAGACGCGCCAGGUGGCGCCCGACGGCCGGUUCGUGGCGCUGAAGCGGCUGGUGGCCUGGUUCGGUCCGUGCAGUCUGGAGGAGUCCGGCCUCAUGAUGCCCGCCAAUGAUAGCUGGGCGCCAGAGCUGCUCGACCUGCUGCAGAGGCUGAUGCAGCUCACGGGUCAGGAGUUCAACAGCUGCCACCUGAGCCUAUUCCGGAGCGGGCACGACCACGAGCCGUGGCACACUCACGACCAGCCGACGCUGGGCCGACAGCCGGCCAUCGCCAUCGUCUCUCUCGGUGCUGUCCGGAAUUUUGAGCUGCGCCAGAAGAGUGGCGGUGGCACCAGGUUCCUGCGGUUUCCGCUGUUCCCUGGUAGCGUACUGCUGAUGGAAGGCAAUACUCAGGAAGACUGGGUUCAUCAGGUUCCUAAGGAUCCUCUCGCUAAGGAGGAAAGAAUCAGUCUGCAGUUCCGGGUCAUGUACGAUCCAAUGGAUAUCCAAGCACAAAACAGGCCACGGCUGUGAAUCCCACCAUGAAGUCGGCAAUAGAGGUGCAGCACAUAGGCCGGCGGGGAACGUGGCGUCACUGGCCCAGAUGUGACUUUGUGUAGCUGUAGAGCGUGCAGGUGGAAGAUGUACUGCCUUGCACUGCAUUCAGCGUUAGAACAGUCAGAUGUUUGGCGUGGGAUGAUGGCGUUUGUUGUGAAGUAUUGUCGCAGGAGACUUCGCUUCACAUGUUUAAGAUGGUAUUUAGAUACGUUUUGAUCGCCACAAGUAUCGGUACUUUCAUCUCCAUCGGUCGUGUGCAGUGACGCGCGUUUCACUACGUAUUCCUAGUAGCUGUAAAAAAAUAAAUGCAUAUUU